GGAAAAAAAUGCGCUGACAACGUUUUUUGGCCCUCGGCUGAUUCCGUAACACGCAGUUUAACAACGUGCGCGCAGGAAAGUGAAGACUUCUGGGUUUUUAAUAGAGCUCAAAGUUUAGUUUGCGUUGCCUAAACAUAACAGAAGGAGGAUGGCAGAAAACCAAGAAGCGAUGACUCCCACUGAGAUGAAGGUGGCUCGUCAAGUGGAGUAUUACUUCGGGGAUCACAAUCUCCCAAGAGACAAGUUUCUCAAAGAGCAGCUGCAGCUUGAUGAUGGCUGGGUGACUUUGGAGACCAUGCUCAAAUUCAACAGACUGAAGUCUUUAACCACGGAGACCAGCGUCGUCGUUUCAGCUCUCCAGAAAUCCAAGUCGGGCCUCCUGGAGAUCAGCGAGGACAAGACCAAAAUAAGGAGGUCUCCAGAUAAACCCUUACCGGAACUGAACGACGAGUACAAAGACGCUGUGAAGCACAGAUCUGUGUACAUUAAAGGUUUUCCUCUUGAAACAACUCUCGAUGAGGUUCAGGAGUGGCUCAACGGUAAAGGCAGCAUAGAGAACAUUCAGAUGAGGAAAAACUUGCAACGGCAGUUCAAGGGAUCAGUGUUCGUCUGCUUUGAAACAGAGGAGUCGGCAAAGCAGUUCCUUGAACGCUCGGAUGUAAAAACGUUCAAAGACAACGAGAUGCUCGUGUUGUCGAGAGAAGCCUACCAUGCAAAGAAGGCCGAAGAGAGGAAACACUACAAAGCGGAGACGAAAGCCAAAGCAAAACAAGAGAAGGCGCAGCAGCAGAAACACGCCGAGGAAAAAGAAAUGGGUUUGCUCCUGGACGAAAAGACGGGGUGUUUGUUGAAGUUUUCUGGAGAGCUUGAAGACGUUUCGCGAGAAGACUUCCAUGCAUCGUUCUCUGGGCACGGAAAGAUAAAGUGGGUAGACUUCACAAGAGGAGCCAAGGAGGGCACGCUUCUUUUUGAUGGGAACGCAAAAGAAGCCUUUGAGAAAGCCAAGGAGGCGAACGGAGGGGAGCUGAAAAUGAAGGGCAGCAGCGUCACAUGGCAGGUGCUCGAGGGCGAUGAGGAGAAAGAGGUUCUGAAAAAGAUCAUCGAGGCUCAGCAGGAGUCGUACAGCCGAUCAAAAGGCAGAGGUGGUGGAAGAGGAAGAUCAGGUGGCAGAGGAAGAGGAGGCCGACGGGGAAGAGGCGGCAGAGACCAAGGCAGGACUCAUUUCCAGGGAAAGAAAACGAAAUUCGAUAGCGAUAAUGAGGAAGAUGAGGGUGAGGAAGCGCCUGCAGCCCCAAAGAGAGAGCUUGAAGACGCCGACAGUCCUCCAGCAAAAGUUGCCAAAACUGAAAACGGAUCUUAAUGAGGAGACGGAGUCCAGAUUUUUUUUCUUUAGCGAAAACAUUUAUUACAAACGGUGAAAAAUGCAGAGGCAACUUAAAUCCCAUUCCAGUUAAAAAAAAAAAAA